AUGCCUGAUGUCUUCGGUAUUUCUGACCUGUAUGAUAUAGUCGAUGGUAUCAGGUCAAUGUCAAUCAACGACACCGAUGAAUUUGAAGCCAACCUUGUCAUGGACCUAGCGAGGGCAAGGCGGGACAUAUUUAGGGCAGAGAAGGCACUAGUGGAUUGUGUAGUGCGAGAACGCGAAAUCAUGGCGAAUCUUUCCAAGCACCAGUCCGAUGUUUCGAAGAAAAAGCUUGACAAGGCAGAUAUAGGAUUAGGGUAUAUGCAAAUUACAUUCAAAAAAUAUGGUCUUUCUCACCAUUCACUUGUGCCAUGCAGUUUGCAAGAACAAUCCAGCCGUCGCAUAUCGGUAAUUUUAGAUUGA